CACAGGAAAUCCCGGGACGGACUCCUGGUACUCUGGCCGGAGACCUCCCAAAGCCGUUCCUCCUGGUAAAUGCAACUGCGUCUCCUUCAGUGCUUCUCUAGGCGCGGAAAUCGUUCUCUGUGGUUGCUUGUCUUUGUGGUGAUGACAUUUCCCUUCCCUCUCUAUGGCUGAGCUGGACUGUGUUCUAAGCAGCGGUGCGGGGCGGACUCGGUGGUGAACCCCAGGAAUCAGUCGUCGGCUGUCGAGACGGCUCUGGCCGGCAUUAAGGAACUCUGCUCUGUGUGAAGCAAUCCUGAGUCAGAAUUUGACCUUUGCUGCCCAAGUUCCACCCCUGCCAUGUUAUCUACUGCAUCACCCUACUGACUAGGUUCUGAUGGCCUCGCUCCGUGUUGUCUUUGGAUAUUGACAUGUGCACUUGGGACGUUAUGAUAUUACUGGCUCGUAUGUGAUCAGCCAGCUGGCUCCCGAUUGAGGAAUGGCUCCCCAGUUCCGCAGCUAUGUCUGGGAUCCUGUUCUCAUCCUCUCCCAAAUCGUGCUUAUGCAAGUGGUUUACUACAGCUCUCUAGGGCUUUGGUUGGCUCUGGUGGACAGCCUGCUACGGAGCAGCCCAUCCCUUGACCAGAUUUUCAGUUAUGAGAUCUUGGGAUUCUCCACACCCCCUGGGAGAGUUUCUAUGAUGGCAUUUGUUCUAAAUGCACUCACCUGUGCUGUGGGUUUACUGUAUUUUGUCCGGCGCGGAAAGCAGUGCUUGGAUUUCACGGUCACCAUUCACUUUUUCCACCUGCUGAGCUGCUGGAUUUACAACAGACGCUUUCCCUCUUCUUUGACCUGGUGGCUCAUACAUACUGUGUGCACAGCGCUCAUGGCUGUGAUUGGAGAAUACCUCUGCAUGAGGACUGAACUGAAAGAAAUCCCAUUAAAUUCAGCCCCCAAAUCCAAUGUAUAGAUGUCCUGUCUCAUCCAGUCGGCUUCUGCAAUUUGGUGCUCAUGAGUGGUACGAGGGGUUGCAGCUAAAGCGGUUCAGUGGGGCCGUCCUAACUUCUUUAAAGAUAGCAGCGGCUGCAAGACUGAAGUUUGUGAUCCUCCUGCCCCCGAACAAGAUGGACAAAGUAGAUGUUUCAUUUUGAUGUGACCCACCUUAUCACCCUUACAACAGGACCUUCUCAUUUGGCGCAGAUCUAAUUCAGUUCUGAAAACAACACAUAAAAGUAAAAACAGAAGUUGGAUGUCUUUUGGUGACGUGGACCGGGUUGUGGCAAUCAGAGCUUUCCUUUCUCUACAAUAGCGGCGUAGCCUUCCAAAGAUUUCCAUAGCCAUUGAGCAGUAUAGACAUAUCUGAUUCUCCGAAACACCUGACACCUGCUUGACUUCAGCUGUCCCUUUUUUAUUUGAAAAUUGAGAGGAUAAAAUAAUGCCCCUUUCCUUCAAAGCCAGCAAGCUGUGAUCCCAGACCACUGGAUUUCUUUUGCAAGUGGAGCAUAAGUAAAGAAGAACAUGACUGUUUUUAUUUGAAUUGAAUAAAUUAAAAAUAGUAACAAUAGAAACUUAUUUUGCCGUCAGAGUAUUGUAGCUCAUUGAAUAGACAUGGUCCUGUUGUUGCUUUAUACAUCAGCAGGGAGAAAACAAAAGUGGCCAGAAAGGCACACCUGAUAAAAAGUUGCAUUUUCCCCAGCCUACCAGUACCCAAGAAGUGAACAGCAUGAGACAGUUAGCCGCAAGGCUGAAUUUGGCGGGGUAGCCGUCACUCAUUGCAAGAACUGAAUUCUAAGCUAGACAUACUUCAUGAGCCUGUGCAACAUACAUCACAAACACAUGCAUUGCCAUAAAGAUGCAAAUAUUUUCUCCAAUUGUCAAAUUCUGUUCUUCAUAACCAAGGGCCCUUGUUCUGCAUUGCAGGGACUGCUAACCGGUUUCUUUACGGCACCACCAUUGGGAGAAUCUUACUUUGUAUACAACAUCCUCUGGACAGAGGUUUCAGCAGCUACAUGACAGCCCAUGUUCCGCACAGCCAAGGGAGCAUUAGUCAGUAACAGGCCCAGAUGUCAGUGGAUCUGUCUGGCUUUUUAACCAUGAACAUUGCUUCAUCUGAGUCACGUCACUGAGAUUUGUAUGUAAAUAUCUGUGAACGCUAUUAGUUUGUAUAAGUUAUAUUGGUAAAUUAAUAUGCAGUUUGUAAUUACUGGAGGGGUAAUUUUGCAAACAGGAAUUUGAUAAAUCGUCCCAAAAUGUUUUAAGGGGUUUCUGUACAUACUCUGUAGCUGGCAAUCCUUCACACAUAGUUCUUGUCCUUGAUUAAAUAUUUGCUCUGCCUUGCACUGGGAAGGAG